AUGCCUCUAAACUUGCUACAAUCUCCGCCUCCUUACUUUGAUUAUCCUCCUCCGCCGCCGCCGCCGCCGCCGCGAGAUGUUACUGGGCAGCCACCAAACCGAAACCAAUACCGGCUGCCGGUACUGCCACCGGAGAGGAGAGUUGAUCAGCCUCGGCCACCACGGAUUAUUGUAGUAGGGGGGCAAGUUUUUCGGUACAACGGUCGAGAAAACACAGCGGCAAAAGAUGAAUGCGUUAUUUGUUUAAAAGAUUUUAAAGAAGGUGAUGAAUGUAGAGUUCUGAUUAGAUGUAAUCAUAUUUUUCAUAAAGCUUGCAUUGAUCGGUGGACCGUAAGCGAUGCACAUUGUCCGAUUUGUCGAGAUUGUGUUCAACCUCGAUCGAUGAAUCCGAUUCCGGUGACUUAA